AUGGACGACCUGCGCUUUCGAUCGCAGCGUUCGCCUCGCGACGAGUCCAACAACCCUACCACCAUGUCUUUGGUCACCCCUCCCCGCAAUGGCUCGCGCAUGCCUCAACCACCCACGCCCCAGCAGCAGCAGCAUUUCCCUCAGCAUGCUUCUGCUGCGCCCUCCAACACUGCCGACUCGCGAUCCAACCUGCCCAGGCGCUUCACCACCGACUCUGGGCGUAUCCCCACGCUGUCCACGGCUUCCCUGAUAUCUCCGCCCCCGCGCGGCCCCGACCCUGCCCACGAGUACAACAACGGUAGAACCCCGACGCUGAUACUUCUGGCGCAGAUUGAGAAGAAGAAACUCGAAUAUGAGAGGAUCCGCGAGCAGCGUCGUCGCUUCGAGCUCGAGAUGCAGAAGCUCGACCAGGACUUCCGCCGUGAGGCUCGCGAGUUGGCUCAGAUGGAGGAGGAUGUACGCAUCCACGGUCACCAGUCCGAGCCCACUACCCCCCCGGAGCACCACAACUCUGGCUUCCCCUCCAUCUUCUCGAGACCCAGCCGCUACUCCAUGUCUAGCCUGGCCUCGCCCCCCGGAUUCCAGAACCGCCCUGCCAGAUCCGGCUCCCAGCUUAUAUCCCCACCCUCCGGUGUCGGCCAGGGCCGCUAUGGCUGGGAUGACGUCCUGCCUUCGCGCUCUGUUCCGCUCACGCGCCGUAACAGUGACGACGAGGAUAAGGACGAAUCUUUCCGCACUGAGCCUGUCGGUCACCAUAGGUCAACUCAUAGGUGA